CUAACAAAUGUCGAUAACGAUAUUCAAUUUAUGCUCGCUGCUCAGCCUAAAAUAGAAUAGAAAAUAGUCAAAAAAUACCCGCUGACAGAAAAGUGAUGAUAGUGACGGUUCCCUAAUUUUUCUGGAUUUGCUACGACUUCUUUCUGUAAUUAUAAUUUUUUGUAUCUGAAUAUUCGAACACCAUGUCGAGUCCCAAAGCAACAAAAUCGGUAGUCUCAAAAUUGGGUCUGAAACCUUUGAACACACAGACCCUCUUGUACUAUUAUGUACCAUUUCAAGGAGUCCUGAGUUACACAGCUUUAUCAAUAAACGUUAUGAAUCCUUCUUUGGUUUUGAGGGUGUUUCCCAGAAAAGAUAUUACAAAUAUUUUGUUGAUGAAUACCUUGUUGGGGUCAGGACUAUAUCUUUACGAUAGAUCCCAUCUGAGGACUCUCAGUCAGAAGGAGAGGAUCUUGUAUAGUGCAUUUGGAGCUGUCACUUUUUCACUUGGUUCAGUUUUGAUUUGGGCAAUAUUGAGGAGUGUUAUUCCGAAGAAUAUACCGCUAUGUACCAUUUGCGGCCUGGGCACAUCCUUAGCUAUGAUAAAAAUUGGAAGUGGAUAUGCAAAACAUCUUGACACUUUAGUGAAAGAAACGUAGGUUUAUACUGCAUUUAGACGUAAAUCAUGUAAAUUAGUAUUGUUUUAACUUCUAACAAUAAAUAAGAUUUUUACUCGUU